AUGGAGAGAUAUUCCGAUUCCGACAUCACUCUCCGGCCGGUGACAAUUUCCGACGCCGACCACUUCAUGCAGUGGUAUUUCGAUGAAAAGGUGAGCAAAUUCUGCUCGUGGGACGUAUUCGCGACGAAAGAAGCCGCCGUGGAAUACUUCAUGAGAAACGAAAUCACUCACCCGUGGAACCGGGCCAUAUGCAUGUCGGGCCGGGUGGUGGGGUGCGUGUCGGUGAGCCCGUUCCAGGGGAGCAACAAGUGCCGGGCCGAGAUAGGGUACGUGGUGGGGUCGGAGUACUGCGGGAAGGGGGUGGCGACGGCGGCGGUGAGGAUGGCGGCGAACGCGGUGUUCGUGGAGUGGGGGGGUUUGGAGAGGGUGGAGGCGGUGGUGGAUGCGGAGAAUCCGGCGUCGCAGAGGGUGGUGGAGAAGGCGGGGUUUGUGAAGGAAGGGGUUUUGAGGAAGUACUAUUUGUUGAAGGGGAAGCCCAGAGAUGCUGUUAUUUUCAGCCUUUUGUCUACUGAUCCUGCUGUUCAUUAUUUCAUGGAUAUUUGA